UAUGCUUUCUCCAGUAGACGAGAUCUCCUCCCCGUUACAUUCCAAUACAGCGUCUUAUGCUAAUCCUUUCGAAAUCGACGACGCCACUACAACCAUAGAACCUGAUGCCGACGAUGCCAAUCGUCCUUUCGGAGACACCCGCACCCCACCAGCUUCACGAUCUUCCGCUCCUCCUCCAACACGCAAGGUAACGGGAAAAGCGAGCAGUUCGGCGACUGUGGUGAAUGUAGAGACACAGCCACCAAUAGUCACAGGUUCUAUAGGAAGUAGAGGGCUGAGUUCAGAAGGAAGAAGAUUUGCUAGUGAUACUUUGGAUGAACCAGUCUCUGAAACUAUUUUUCGCGAUCUUCGGAAUGUUGCAUUGAAGCUGCAGCAAGUUCUUCAUCCAACCGCAAAAAGGGACGUUCUUCGUAAUUGGGACUUGUGGGGACCGCUGAUUUUAUGUCUGGCGUUGGCAAUAAUGUUGAGUGUUAGAGCGCCUGCAAAUCAGGAAGUUCCCAUAUUCACGGGAACUUUUGUGAUCGUAUGGUGCGGUGCUAUUAUUAUUACCAUCAAUGCAAAACUACUUGGUGGCUCGAUAUCCUUUUUCCAAUCUGUAUGCAUUCUCGGAUAUUGCAUCUUUCCUCUUGUUAUAGUAGCAUUGGUUUCAAUGUUUGUUCAGAGAAUAAUCAUAAGAUUACCACUUGUGAUCUUGGCAUUUGCAUGGUCAUCUUUUGGUAGGAAUAUGAAGACUUCGUCAUCUCCAUGCUAA